AGGAAGCAGAGAGGGCUUUUUGAGAGCUCCUCUCGCGAGCUAGUAUGUGGCAGCGGACCGCUGAAACAGCCGAGAAAUUGUGUCCUAAACGUUACAUUGAUGAAGCAACUGGCAGAGAGGCUCAAGUUUUGGGAGUGGAGGAAAGGUCUGAGCAAAUCCAACCAACUUCUCGAGGAGGCGACCUCGACACGACUCCAGUCUUUGCCCAGCUAAUGCACGCUUCAAGUCGACUCUCUUUCUUCUGUCGCACACAUGAAUGGCGAAUGCGGCGAAAGGGAGCAGAUCGUCGAGGUGUGGGAACACAACCUUGAGGAGGAAUUUGCACGCAUCCGCGAUGUGGUGGAACGAUUCCAGUAUAUUGCUAUGGAUACGGAGUUCCCGGGGAUUGUGGCGCGGCCGACGGGGAACGUGACGGACUACAAUUACCAAACGGUGAAGUACAAUGUGGAUCUGUUGAAGGUGAUUCAGUUGGGGAUCACGUUCGCAGACGCGGACGGAAACUUGGCGGAGGGGACUUCGACAUGGCAGUUUAACUUCCGGUUCGACCUGAACGAGGACAUGUACGCGCAGGACUCGAUCGACUUUCUGAAGCAGAGUGGGAUCGACUUCGACAAGCAGCAGAAGAAGGGCAUCGACGUGCAAGACUUUGGGGAGUUGAUCAUGAACUCUGGACUUGUGAUGAACGAGGACGUCAAGUGGAUCUCCUUCCACGGCUGCUACGACUUUGGCUACCUCCUCAAGUUGCUGACAUGUGCUCCGCUGCCGCACUCCGAGGCGCAGUUCUUCGAGCUCCUCCACGACUUCUUCCCCUCGCUGUACGACAUCAAGUACCUGCUGCGCUCGAUACACAACUUCAACCUCUCGGGCGGCUGCUCGCUGCAGAAGAUCGCCGAGCACCUGCAAGUCACGCGCGUCGGCCCGCAGCACCAGGCGGGCAGCGACUCGCUCGUCACCUGUCGUACCUUCUUCAAGCUCGUCGAGCUCUACUUCGACAGCAGCAUCGACGACUGCGGAUACUCGGGCGUCAUCUACGGCCUCGGCAUGAGCAUCCCGAAGCGCGGCGGAAGCAACCAACACUUGCCGCCUGUCUCUUCGAGGUCUUCCGACAGCCUCGGCCGCGGUGCUCGUCCUGGAAAGACCCGCGCCCCCAACGACGACGGCGACGACACCGCCGGUUCCGGCGCGUCGAACGCGGCGACCUCGGCCGCGCCGGGCCGUAUGUUGAGCGGGACUUCGAGCUCGAGUUUCAGCGGAGUGGGAACGGGCGGCGGGGCUGCGGCGCAGGCAGGAAUGACUCACGGAAACCAUGUGCCUUUUCAUGCCGGCCAUUCGGCGCAGCCCGGCGCCGGUCACCACCUGCUCAACGCGCACCCGCUGAGCUUCUCGGGGUCCUCGGGGCCUUCGGCGUCGACUCCCGAGUUCGUCCCUGCGGCUCUCGCGAACAACUUGCAUGCGAGCCAGCACCUGCCACUGUCGAAUGCGUCGCUGUCGCUCUUGGCGGCGCCCAAUCCCGACAUGGCCGCGACUCACGGCUCUUUCCUGCUGAGCGCGGCCGGGCCUCAGGGCGCGCCCGCGUCGACUCUUCACUCGAAGGCCUCGCGGCAGGUUCUGGGGGCGAGUGGCGCGGCGCCGGGGACGUCCUCCGCGACGCACUUGCGGUCGCAGCGCGGGAACCUCGCUGCGGGGCUCUUGUCGGGCUCCGGAGGCCCGCAGCUCUUUGGGCUCCAAACUGCAGUUCCGACCGCGGUCGCGGCGGGCCCCGGCGACUCGGCCGGCGGGCCCCAGGGCACGCACGCAGAGAACGCGUUCGAGGCGGGGCGGGGCGCGCUGCGACUGCCGCUCGCAGGCGGGACUCGCGAGAGCUGCGGGCGCUCCGCUUCGUUCCUCGGCCAAGAGAGAGACAGAAGCCAGGCGACGCAAGGCCUGGCAGGCAGCGGACUCCUGGUGCUGCAGCAGGUAGCGAAUGGAGGCGUCGGGUCCGGCGAGGGGGCGGAGACAGCUGGGGCGAAGAGUGUGGGGACUUUCGGGGGCAACUUGUGGGGUGGCGCGAACGCUGGCGAGGAAGAGAGGAAGAAGUCGGGCACGGGGACCAACGCGCAGGAGUAGUAGUAGAGAGAAGAUGAGUCCUGUGAAAGGUACGCGGGGGAUGACGAUCUUCGGUGGAUUUUGUAGGUAUCCUAUAAGCAAGGCUGUCAUGCAGAUCUAGGUCUCGCAUGCAAAAAGCAUCUAUAUCUCCACAGAUGAGAUCCCGAGCCCCCACCCUGUCGUGGAGAAGAAAGUGCGUCUGUCGAGGGACACCGUCUCUGCGGGAUGGUCGUCGAGGCGGAAAAGAAACAGAGGACGGACAUGGGGUCGCCUCGCGCUGUCUCCGUAUGUUCGCAUGCGCCGAUGGUGCCCGGAGGAGAAGCCGAUGUAGAGUUCUGGAGAGUUCACUUAGAGCGGGAGAGAGCGACUCGGUUUUUUCCGAAUGAGACGCGCGGAGAUGAUGGAGUGCAUGCGCGUUUGCGCCGCAGUCUUGUCGAGAAUGUGAGAAGCGACAGGCACGCUCAUGGGAGGGAACGCGAGCCUCUGCUCGGGUGUCUGUACACCUUCGACGCAGGAGAGAGGUCAUCCCGCGUUCUGUACCCGAGAGAGAGAGGGAAGAAGAGUUAGGCUCCAGAAGAUGUCUCGCGCAGGACGGGCGAAGGGCGCCCUGGGGUACGAAGUUGAAUGCGAUUCUCGUUUGAUUUUUUUUCAUAUGAAAAAAAACACAGCCUUCAAUUCCUGAG